CGCUGUCUCCCGCCCACAGCUGAUCUGUGUUUAAGGAAACGUGGCCUUACCGACCGAUUCUCCGGUAGAUGAGCUUCUGUCUGUUUCUCAGCCUCCGUUAGUCUCCAGCUCUGAAGCAGCAUGUCUGAGGCAGAAACAGUCCCGGUCCCGGAGAUGAACGGGAUCGGCUCUAACGGAACCGACUCUAACGGGACCGAGGCUCUGAACGCCACCGUUAAAUUCGUGGCUUCACCGGAAGGCACGGCGCUGGCGUACGGUAGCCUCGUGCUCAUGGCCCUGCUACCCAUCUUCUUCGGAGCCCUGCGGUCCGUCACCUGCUCCAAGUCUAAGAAUGCGUCCGACAUGCCGGAGACGAUCACCAGCAGAGACGCUGCCAGGUUUCCCAUCAUCGCCAGCUGUACUCUGUUUGGACUUUAUCUCUUCUUCAAGGUAUUUUCUCAGGAGUACAUCAACCUGCUGCUCUCUGUCUACUUCUUCGUCCUGGGCGUCCUGGCUCUGUCUCACACCAUGAGUCCUCUGAUGACCAGAAUAUUUCCAGAUUCUUUCCCAAACAAACAAUAUCAGCUGCUCUUCACGCAGGGAUCCGGAGAAGCCAAAGAAGAAGUAGUCAACUAUGAGUUUGACACCAAGAACCUGGUGUGUCUGGUGAUCAGCAGCGUGGUGGGAGUCUGGUACCUGUUCAAAAAGCACUGGAUAGCCAAUAACCUGUUCGGCCUGGCAUUCGCCCUGAACGGCGUGGAGCUGCUCCACCUGAACAACGUCAGUACCGGCUGCAUCCUGCUGGGGGGGCUGUUCGUCUAUGACGUGUUCUGGGUGUUCGGUACCAACGUCAUGGUAACAGUCGCCAAGUCCUUUGAAGCACCAAUCAAAUUGGUGUUUCCUCAGGACUUGUUGGAGAGGGGUCUUAAUGCCAGUAACUUUGCCAUGUUGGGUCUGGGAGACAUCGUCAUCCCAGGAAUCUUCAUCGCUCUGCUGCUGCGCUUCGACGUCAGCCUGAAGAAGAACAGCAGGACAUAUUUCUACACCAGUUUCUUGGCCUACAUCUUCGGACUGGGCCUCACCAUCUUCGUCAUGCACACCUUCAAACACGCACAGCCCGCUCUGCUCUACCUGGUUCCCGUCUGCAUCGGCUUCCCCGUCGUCGUAGCACUGCUCAAAGGAGAGCUCACAGAGAUGUUCAGGUACGAGGAAACCCCUCCUGAGGACGAGGAUGCUAAAGAGGACUCAUCGGACUCAGAGAAGAAGGACCAAUAGCAUCCAUCACUGCUCCUCCCUGCCCCCCCCUCCCAUCAUCCAGCCUGCUGCCGCCACAUUUCACCGUAGCCCCUCCCCUCUCCCGCCUCUCCAGCUUCCUCUUUGUUGCCGGGGAAACGGGGCUCAUGUUGCCAACGUGUUUGAUAGCCACGAGGUUGCGGCGUCAUGAUUAAAGGUUGUUUGGUUACAACAGUUCAGACUCGGUGCCUGCCAUGAUUCCUCUGAGCCCCCCCCGGCUGUGAGCGCAGCUGGGGGGGCUCAGACAGAGAAGAGGAGCGCUUGUUUUAACUUUCAACAGCCUCAAAAAGUCACGUGAUAAAACGAGUGUUUGUGAGGAGAACAGAGAACAGCGAGAGCUCUGCUGCUGCUCUUUGUCUCCACUCUUCUUCUUCUCCUCCUCCUCCUUCUCCUCCUCCUCCUCCUCCUCCUCCUCCUCCUUCUCCUUCUUCUCCUCCUUCUCCUCCUCCUCCUCCUUCUUGGCUCCUCCCGUUGUUGCUGCUCAUCGCUCUGCCUUCUGCUUUUGUCACUUUCAGCGUUUUCUCUUCUGUUUCUCUGUUCUAGUUUUAUUGUGAAAGGCCAGAUCUUUAAGACCAAACCUGGAGCUCAAAGUUUCAAAUUUGUUUAUCUGGACUCAGGAGGUUUGUCUGUUUUAUUAAAGCUGUCGUCUAUUCAUAGUUUAAAACAUCUGACGGUACGUUUGAAUCAUCGCAGCUUAUAAAAAACGGAUCAAACUUUGCCUGUUUGUUCAGAUCGGGUGUUAAAGUCUGCGUUUGGGGAAUUCUUCAUGUGGUUUGUUUGAUACAGAAAGUUUGAUUUCCUUUUUUUUUAAAGAAGUUUUUCUCAACCUUUGUGGGGUUUGUUUUUUCUUUCUCAGAUUUUUAAUUUCAAGGGAUUUCAAAAUGUUAAAGAAGUUAACAAAAAAAAACCUAAUUUUGCUUUAAAAGGAGGAAUUUUAGCUCAUGAAUAUUUUCUGUUACUGCUGACCGAUUUACACAUGAUGUCAUCUGUAUCUCUGGUUUCCAUUCAUUCCCACUGGACAGAGUCUGUGUUCAUAUGUGUUAAAGAUGUGUUCAGUCCUCAUCUGGUCUAUGAAGACAAUAAAACUCUGUUGACUAA